UGGCAGAGCUGUCCUUGGGCGAGGGGUGGGGGGGAUACGAGGGGCAGCUUCCUCCUCAUAAGGAGGGUAGUGCCUGGUUUGUGAACAUUUUGCUGGGCUACGUUGCUUGGGCAUUGGCUGCUAAGUCCCACCUUCAUGUAACACAGUUUGGACCGAGAUGGAGGAAGGAAUACGCUGUUUUGUACUCUAAUCUCAGUAUGGUUGCCCCAGGGUGAAAGGAAGGAGAAGGAGGCUUUCUAAGUUCAGGUACACGAAGUGAGUGCGACCAGCUGCCUGCUCUUGGUGGCAAGGGCACAGCCAGACAUCAGAUGAUACUUGGGUGCGGAUUUGAGCGAGGGGUGCUGGGGAGCGCACCUUGCUUCUGUGCUCGGUGCCCGUGUGCCUCGCCCAUCAUGUUUAUGUAUCAGCUCCCCUGAGCUCCCUCUAAUGCAUCCCUCCCUACUUGGAGUUCUGCACGCGCGUGCCAGUGUGCACGUGUUUUCUCCUUCCCUGCCUGUAGGCGUGAAGGUUGAGCCUUGAGGUAUGGCCAGAGUGCUGGCGUGGGAGGGACCAAACCGGAGCACCCACAGCUAGAUGCCCAGGCCUCUUCUGAUCUAGGCGCCUCUAGAGUGGCUGUGGAGGAAGAACAUCCUUAGGGAUCUGUAGGCUAAAUUUGCUUUACUAUUGGGACUCACCCCUGUUUAAAUUGGGGCUGAGUUUUUGCAAAGAAACCCCCACAUUUUUAUUGCCUUGUGGGGUGCAUUGCAAGCUGCUUCGCUGCACAAAGAAUGGGCUAGAGUGGCUGGUCCUGGGCUCCACCCACUGAUACCCAAACCCGGUAUGGCUUUGGGGGUCCCAGGAGCCAGGAGCAGUUGGUUGGCUUUUAGAGAGUCCUGGGGCGACCUGUCUUGAGCUGGCCCUGACUUUCUGAGUUCACUUUGAUUGGAGGGGGUCUGAGAAAAGCCAAGUGCUAUCAGACCUUCCAUGGGAGGCAAGUGGGGGUGGGGGUGGCAGUCGGAUUAGAAGACCCUCUCAUAGCAGCCUGUAACCCCUGGAUCGGCCCUGGGAAGGCACCUGAAGUCCCUGCAGGCCUGCGAGACUCAUUUCCCAGCCCGUCCUGGUUGCAGGGCCUGCUCACAGACCUGGGUACCUGGAGCUGGCCACGUGGCCCCUUGGCAAUUAUGUGAUAUAAUACCAGAGAGCAGGCCAGUUGUAAUUUGCUAAAAACAAAAAUUAGUAUUUUGUGACCCUGAAUUUUGAGGUCCCUGACUCCUUGAACCCAACCUGAUCCAGGGCCGUUGACCCCGUCAAAGGAAGGUGGGGUCACAGCUCAGGGUCAGCAUAUUUUGCAUCUGCUUUUGAACCUCUAGGCUCAGGCUUGAUGCAUAUUUAAGUGGAUGUUUUGUGAGAAAUUUGGAGGAAACACAAAGGUUUUAUAAAGAUGCCACACUCCCCUUUAUUAAGUGGAAGGUUAAGAAAUUCUGUCCCCGGAGUAAGGAGCAGGACUAGGCCAAAGUCUUCCUCCCCGUCCCCUGGCUUUUCCAGACCUGUCCCACUUAGCAGCGCCUGUAGCCCUGGUCUGCUCCCACCCUCCUCCGUGCCCUCAUGCUUUAGGCCUGGCUCCUCCUGGCGGGACUGAGGGAAAGGCCAGAGGGGACACCUCCGCUGUUGUCCCCGCCACAGCGUGAGGGGCUGGGCCUCUGUGCACAUGCCGCCUUGUCUGUGAAACACUGUCCCCAAACUGUCAUUUGUGAGAGCAAAGGGGGACACAGUGAGCAGCAUGCUAGGACAGGAAGUGUCCCGGGCAGCCUGGGCCCGGGGGGCAUGUGGUUCAUCAGUGAUGAGCACCUCUGGGUCUGGUCCAUUUCUUCUGCCUGCUGAUCAAUUGAAUUCACUGUAUUGUUUGCUGAGACAGUGACUUUUUGGUUUCAUUGCACCCGUGCUUGCUCACUCUGAAAACUUUAUUCAAUACCAGAAAAAGAAGGCAGCAGGUUUCCUAAAAUUCAACCAACACGAAUAACAAGCAUUAGCAUCAGUGAACAAUGUUUUAUAAGCUCAGUGCGCGCUCUCUCUCUCCCCUCCACGAAUUGCACACACACACGCACAUGCACACGCGCUGAAUGAUGGACUGAUAAGAUGGACGGAUUGGACAGCUGGAUGGAUUGGACAGACUGAGGGACUGCUAGAGAGAGUCUUCGGUGCAGAAGUCUGAGUUUUGGAACAAGCCACGUGGCGUGAAAGCUGUCAGAUCGCGUCAGCACUGGAUGAGCAGGCUCUUCCUGCUCUGACCCGGUCCUCCUGGCCGCCUGCAGAGAACAGAGCGGUGGCCACACCUGACCAGGAGGGGACACUGGGUCCCAUCCCACGCGAGGAGUUCUUGCACAAACGGAUGUGAGUGCCUCGGGUUCUCAGGCUCCCCGAGUCAUGGCGGAACUGCGAUGCCCAGACUCCACGCUAACAGCCCUGGACGAGGAGACACUGUGGGACAUGACGGAGAGCCACCGCUGGGAGAUCGUGCGCAGCAUCUGCCCCAGCCGCCUCACCCCCUACCUGCGCCAGGCCAAGGUGCUCGGCCAGCUGGACGAGGAGGAGGUGCUGCACAGCCCCAGGUUCACCAACACCGCCAUGCGAGUCGGGCACUUGCUGGAUUUGCUGAGGACCCGAGGGAAGAACGGGGCCAUCGCCUUCCUGGAGAGCUUGAAAUUUCACAAUCCUGACGUCUACACCCUGGUCACCGGGCUGCAGCCCGACGUGGACUUCAGCAUCUUCAGUGGACUCAUGGAGACGUCCAAGCUGACCGAGUGCCUGGCCGGGGCCAUCGGCAGCCUGCAGGAGGAGCUGAGCCAGGAGAAGGGGCAGAAGGAGACACUGCUGCAGCAGUGCCGGCGGCUGCAGGAGCGGCUGGGCCAGGCCGAGGCCCACGCUGAGGGCCUGCGCCAGCUAGAGGCUGACCACGGCCGCAUGAAGCGCGAGGUCAGCGCCCGCUUCCACGAGGUGCUGAAGCUGAAAGACGAGAUGCUCGACCUCUCACUGCACUACAGCAACGCGCUGCAGGAGAAGGAGCUGGCCUCCACGCGCUGCCGCGGCCUGCAGGAGGAGCUGUAUCUGAUGAAGCAAGAGCUGCAGCGAGAGAGGCUGUCGGCUUCCUGUGAGCGGGAAUUUCGAGAGCGGUCCCUGAAGAUGGCCCGCGGGCUGGAGCCUGGAGCCGAGGAGCUGAGCCGCCUGAAGGAGGAGAAUGAGAAGCUCCGGUCACUGACUUUCAGCCUGGCGGAGAAGGACAUCCUGGAGCAGAGCCUGGACGAGGCCCUGGGGAGCAAACAGGAGCUGGUGGAGCGCAUCCACUCUUUGCGGGCGCGGGCAGUGGCCGCCGAGAGGCAGCGGACGCAGUACUGGGAAGAGAAGGAGCAAACCCUGCUUCAGUUCCAGAAAACGAAGGUGGACUGUGAGAUCUACAAGGAGAAGAUGAACGCCCUGCAGAGCCAAGUGGUCGAGCUGCAGAAGGAGCGGGACCAGGCCUACUCCGCGAGAGACGCAGCCCAGACGGGGGUUUCUCAGAACCUGACGGAGAAGGACGCCCUCCGCAGGAAAGUGUUUGAGCUGACAGACCAAGUCUGCGACCUGCGCCAACAGCUCCGCAGGCUGCAGGCUGAGUCACCACAAGGGCCCAGGCCAGAAGCGGGGGCCAAGGAGCCCUGUCGGAGGGGGAAACAGCGGCUUGCUCGUAUGUUUGCCAUCUGCCCACGGGACGACAGUGACUGCAGCUGCCUCAGCUCCUCCGAGGCUCAGCUCUGGUCUGACCUGAGCACCCCGUCCAGCUGCGAGCUGGUGGACAGCUUUCGCUCCAGCAGCCCCGUGCCUCCCAGCCAGCAGUCCCUGCACAAGCGGGCCACAGAGGACUUCCGGGACCCCUGGGCUUUCAGCGGCUUCCUGGAAACCCUGGAAGCAGCCGGGGGAUCCUCCCCCGGAGCUAAGGCGGGCGACGCAGACCUGGGUUACGAGGUUGCAGACCUUCCUGAGUCCGAGAACAGCCUGCAGCCGAUCUCCAGGAGCCUCUGCCUCUUAGCCAGCAGUGUCCCGGUGCGGCGGAGGCCAGCCCGCAAGAUCCUGAGCCAGGUCACAGUGCUGGCCUUCCAGGGACACGCUUUGCUGGAGCAGAUAAGUGUCAUCGGUGGGAACCUCACGGGCAUCUUCAUUCACCGGGUCACCCCGGGCUCGGUGGCCGAUGAGAUGGCCUUGCGUCCCGGUACCCAGAUCCUGAUGGUGGAUUGCGAGGCCACAGAGCCCUUCUUCAAGGCCACCCUGGAGGGCAUGACCCUGGAGCAGGCUGUCGGACAUCUCGGGAGGGUGAAUGGCUUCUGCUGCCUGUCUGUGAAGGUCAACAUGGAGGGUUAUAAGAAGCUGGUCCAGGACCUGAAGGCCAAAGUGGCUACCUCAGGGGACUCCUUCUACAUCCGGGUCAACCUGGCCAUGGAGGGGCGGGUGGAGGGGGAGCUGCAGGUGCGCUGCAAUGAGAUACUGCACGUGACCGACACCCUGUUCCAGGGCCGCGGCUGCUGGCACGCGUCCCGCGUCAGCCCCUACAGCAUGAAGGACACGGAGCACGGCAACAUCUCCAACUACUCACGGGCUCAGCAGCUGCUGGUCACCCUCAUCCAGGACAUGGCUCAGCAGAGCACCACCGCCCGCAAGCAGUCUUCUGGGGGACCCCAAAAGCUGGUCCGCAUCAUCAGUGUGGACAGAACCAAGGCCAGCCCUCUGUAUUCAUCCUUUGACGGGUCCCAGUCAGACGCUAGCAGGUCGGAAGAGCCCUGCACCGGGCACUUCUGGGCUGAGAGCUAUGUCACCCUGGCGCCCUACACGCUGGUGCACCCCCACAGGCCCAGCCGGCCCCGGCCCGUGCUCGUGGUGCCCAGGGUGGUCGGAAAGAUCCUGAGUGAGAAGCUGUGCCUCCUCCAAGGGUUCAAGAAAUGCCCGGCAGAGUAUUUGAGCCAGGAGGAGUACGAUGCCUCCAGCCAGAGAGGGGACGUCAUCCAGGAGAGGGAGGCGUCCAGCGGCCAGUACUGUGUGACCCGCCAAGCUGUCGAGUUCCUCAUGGAAAAGAACACCCACGCCCUCCUGGACGUCCGGCUGGACAGUGUCUGUGCCCUGCACAGGAUGGACAUCUUCCCCAUCAUCAUCCACAUCUCUGUCAACGAGAAGGCCGCGAGGAAGCUCAGGAAGGCCCUGCAACGGCUGGGCACCUCCGAGGAGCAGCUCCUGGAGGCCAGCAGGCAGGAGGAGGGCGAGCUGGACAGAGCGCCCUGUCUGCACAGCAGCCUGGCCCCCGACGCCUGGAGCGACCUGGACACUCUGCUCUGCUGUGUCCGCUUUGCCAUCGCGGACGAGCAGAAGAAGGUCGUGUGGACAGAGCAGAGGCCCCGCUGAGGCCCGGGUCCUCCCCUGGGGCUGUGGGGACCUUUGCGUCCUCCCCAGGGCCUCGCAGGCACAGCUUUGGGGAGCUCACCAUACAAGCCAGCUCUCUGGGCAUGGCUCCCCUCACGAGUCUGACCUUGAACCCUCGCCAUGUGUAGGUCACACAUGGGCAUCCAAACCGUCUACUCACUUUUCUGUGUAAGCGUCCCCUUACUCAGGGCCUGGACACCCUGAGGCUGCUCUGCGGUGGGGGUGCCUUCUGUGACCUCCCCAGGCCUAGGUGUCUCCAGGUAACUGCCCGUCUGACCCGACCACUGUACUUUCCUUCUGGGUUUCAACGUGUCAAAGGGCUCGUCCCAGACCCACUGAGGCAGCCGGCUGGCAGCCCUGGUGCCCCCCUCACAGGUCACUGCACCCCUGCCCAGAGCAGAGGUACAAACCCACCUAUGAUGUCACCCUGACUAACUUUUCUCGGUUUCUCACAGCUGAGAAGUGCAACUUCUUUGCAUAGGCCUUAGUAUAACUUUUAUAGAGACAGUGUUUACCGGUAAAGAUCAUCUCCGAGUGAUGACAACAGUAUUUUCAGCGGGUCUGUGCCUGGUGGCCGCCACGCCUGGCCCAGGGACCUGUGGGGGUGUCCUGUAGAAGCCUCACACAGACACCUGUGCACGCACGCCAGCUGGGCUCCUCCUGAGACCGAGAACGGCCCCUCUACCUGGGCGUCCCACCCCAGCCCCGUCUCUGGCCAUCUCGACUCCACUGCCCGCGCUCAGGAGAUUCGGGCAUGGCUCGGGCGAGGACCCCCAGGGCCCCCCACCUCCUGGCUUUGCCUCCCACUGCCAUAGAAUAAAUGUCAUGUUGACAGCA